UCCUACCAUCCAGCAUUCACACCAUCACACUUCCGAUCCAAUCACGAGCGCGAUUCCCAGCUCCACUCGUUCCCCGAAUCACAAAUGAGCAAACGCGCCAGCAAGAAGGACACCCGCAAGUCUGUGCUGGAGCCGACUUCCGAAAACCCCGUUGCAGAUAGCAUCGCCAGUAAUGCAAAGCAGACGCGCAAAAAUAUGAAUACACUCAUGGAGCACAGGCGCAGGCAUGGCUCCAUUGACAAUACCUCGCCGACGAGCCAGGUAGCUUCGCUGAUGGGACGCUCCAACUUCAACUUGGACGAUGAUAUACCCGAGCUAGAUAAAGAAGAAGGCUCUUCGGCAGGCUUCAUGGAGCUGUCCAAGAAGGACCAGAGAAACUUCCUGCUGCUGGUCUUGCUGUACUUCUUGCAGGGCAUACCGAUGGGUUUGGCUAUGGGAUCGGUGCCGUUCUUGCUCAAGACUGUGGCUUCCUAUUCCUCUAUUGGAGUCUUCUCUCUUGCAGCAUACCCAUACUCCUUGAAACUAUUCUGGAGCCCUAUCGUUGACGCGGUUUGGUCGCCGACUGUCGGACGGCGCAAGAGUUGGAUUCUGCCCAUUCAGACCAUCUCCGGAUUUUCCAUGCUGUGGCUUGGCUCCGUGGUCAACAACUUGAUGGAAGCUGCUGGCAGUACCGAUACCAAUGGCGUGUGGAACUUUACUUUUUGGUGGUUCAUGCUGGUUUUCCUUUGCGCCACUCAGGAUAUCGCAGUAGAUGGCUGGGCAUUGACGCUUCUCUCCCAAGAAAACCUUGCUUAUGCAUCCACCGCGCAGACCGUCGGAUUGACCGCCGGGUCUUUCCUGUCGCACACCGUUUUCCUUGCCUUCAACUCAAAGGAUUUCGCCAACAAGUGGUUCCGUUCUACACCCCAGGACUAUGGUCUGUUGACUUUGGAUAGCUAUUUGCACUUCUGGGGCUGGGCAUAUCUGUUGGUCACAUUGGGCCUGGCUGUCAUGAAGCGCGAAGAGCGCACUAAAGAACGAGAGGGCAUUAUGGAAGUAUACCGCACAAUGUGGGGGGUUCUGAAGCUCAAGAACAUUCAAACAUUCAUCGUUGUCCACCUGAUUGCGAAGAUUGGAUUCCAAGCCAAUGACGCCGUUACCAGUCUGAAACUGCUCGAUAAGGGCUUCAGCCAGGAGGACCUCGCUCUGACCAUUCUGAUCGACUUCCCCAUUGAAGUGUCCCUCGGAUACUAUAUUGGAAAAUGGUGCCAGACAUACCCGCCCAUGCACAUCUGGUGUUGGGCAUUCCUAGGCCGAUUGGGAGCUGCUGCGUUUGCGCAGUUUGUAGUCUCCAUCUUCCCCGCGGGCGGAACCACGACGUCGUACCUUUUGUUGGUAAUCAGCGAGCACGUACUGUCGACCUUUAUGAACACAGUCAUGUUCGUAUCCGUCUCGGCCUUCCACGCAAAGAUUUCGGAUCCCGCCAUCGGAGGUACCUACAUGACUCUUCUGGCUACGGUCUCGAAUCUAGGUGGGACGUUUCCGCGGUAUUUUGUGCUCAGAUUUGUGGAUUUCUUCACUGUCGCCACUUGCGAGCCUCCUUCGUCGCCGCCAAAGGCCGAACUCCUCAAGGGUGAUCUCGUCACACAGGCCUUCUCGUGCGCGCUCGAGGCCGAUAAGCACCGCUGCGUGGACGGCGGAGGCCAUUGCAAUGUCGUCAGGGAUGGAUACUAUGUGACCAACAUCAUUUGUAUCGUGAUUGGCAUUGUCACGUUUUAUGGAUUCAUCAAGCCGGCCGUGACGCGCAUACAAGCUCUGCCUCUACGGGCGUGGCGAUUGGCAGAAUAG